AUGCAAGGCGGCGUGCGAGCUGCAGAAACACUGUCCACUCCGCUUUACCCCCAGAGCCACGUCCCGGACCUGGACCCGGACCCGGACCCGGACCCGGACCCGGACCCGGAGAGGAGCAUCAUCCACCGCGCGGAGGUGAGGGAGGCGUGCGGACUGUUUGCGUGCGGGAUGCAUGGAGUUGCGGUGGACGGUGCGGCCGGCAGCCUCCCUGGAAACCUGCCAUGUGACAUUCGGCUGCCAGCGCUGCGUCGGAAGGUCAAAGUGGAGACUUGGGUUGGGGGUGCACUCUCAAUGGAGAUGCAGGAAAGCAACGUGCACCAUCAUCACCAUCAUCACCACCAGCAGCACCACCACCAGGACUUCAGCCUCUGCAGGUCAAAAAUCCAGAAGUUUAACAUGAGCAAAAAGAUUUUCCCCUGGAUGAAGGAGUCGAGACCGAACCAGGCCCAAGGCAGGAGGAGCUCAGACUGCACCGUCAACGACAAGUGUCCGAGCGCGCCCCCGGCCUCCAAGCGCAUGCGCACCGCGUACACCAGCGCGCAGCUGGUGGAGCUGGAGAAGGAGUUCCUCUUCAGCCGCUACCUGAUCCGGCCCAGGAGGGUGGAGCUGGCCGGCCUGCUCCACCUGCAUGAGAGGCAGGUCAAGAUCUGGUUCCAGAACCGCAGGAUGAAGCAGAAGAAGGACGAGCGGCAGCAGGGCCUCCUCGCCCCCCCCACCACGGCCUCCUCCUCCUCUCCCCCGUCCUCCUCCCCCCCCUCGGCCCCGGGCAGCCCCACUCUGUCCAGCCUGGGCUACGUGCAUGUGGGAGGAGGAGGGGACUACCAGGGGUCCCAGUCCCAGUCCCUGUCCCAGUCCCUGUCCCAGUCCCUGUCCCAGUGCCAGCCCCAGCCCCAGCCCCAGUCCCUGUCCCAGUCCCAGUCCCAGUCCCUGUCCCUGUCCCUGUCCCAGUCCCAGUCCCGGAUCCAGUACCCAGCACAAUACUCCAAGUACCCGGCUCUGGGCUUCACGCACGCCACGCCAUUCGAGGUGCAGUACGACACGCACGGCCGCGCACACGCAUCGAACCACAGUGGUGACGUCACCGGUCCCUUCUUCCCACUGAGCUGCUGCUCCUCUCAGGACAGAAUCAUGCAGGCUCCAAAACUGACUCAUCUGUAG